CAUAUUUAAAGACACAUAUCCCAGCACAGUGCAAAUACAAUCAUUCAACACCCACCCCCCAGUUUCUCAUUGAGUAACAGGGAUUGGUCCGUCUCACCAUCUCAAAAAGACAGAUUUUUUUGGUGCUUCUUCACGAUCAUGGCUGCUCGGAGGAUAUCCUCGCUCUUAUCUCGUUCCCUCGCUUCUUCAUCUGCUCUCCUUUCCAAAGGGAGGAGACCUUCCGGUGGCAGAUAUAGCACUGCGGCUGCUGUUGAAGACCCGAUUACUCCAUCUGUGAAAGUAAAUUACACCCAGCUAUUAAUCAACGGACAGUUUGUCGACUCGGUGUCAGGAAAAACUUUUCCUACGCUGGACCCAAGGACUGGGGAAGUGAUUGCGCAAGUGGCUGAAGGUGACGCCAGAGAUAUUGAUCUUGCAGUUUCCGCUGCACGCAACGCAUUUGAUGAAGGGCCUUGGCCUAGGAUGACUGCUUAUGAAAGAUCGAAGAUACUUCUGCGAUUUGCUGAUUUGGUUGAAAAGCAUGCUGAUGAAGUUGCUGCCCUGGAGACUUGGGACAACGGGAAGACCUUCGAACAGUCGGUCAAACUGGAAGUCCCAAUGUUUGUACGCCUGUUUCGAUACUACGGUGGAUGGGCCGAUAAGAUUCAUGGACUCACUGUUCCAGCCGAUGGCUCAUAUCAUGUGCAGACCUUGCACGAACCAAUUGGCGUUGCGGGUCAGAUAAUUCCAUGGAACUUUCCUCUGCUCAUGUUUGCCUGGAAGGUUGGUCCAGCACUAGCAUGUGGCAAUACUAUUGUUCUCAAGACAGCCGAGCAGACACCUUUGUCUGGUCUCUUUGUGGCUAAGCUAUUGCACGAGGCUGGACUUCCUGAGGGCGUUCUCAACAUCGUUUCUGGUUAUGGGCCCACCGCUGGUGCUGCUCUUGCCAGCCAUAUGGAAGUUGAUAAGCUUGCUUUUACUGGAUCGACGGAAACAGGGAAGAUUGUACUUGAACUAGCUUCAAAGAGCAAUCUGAAGCCAGUAACGUUGGAGCUUGGCGGAAAAUCCCCUUUCAUUGUAUGUGAGGAUGCUGAUGUGGAUAAGGCUGUCGAGAUGGCACACUUUGCUCUCUUCUUCAACCAGGGACAAUGCUGCUGUGCUGGUUCUCGUACUUUUGUUCAUGAAAAAGUAUAUGAUGAGUUUCUAGAAAAAGCUAGGAAACGAGCUGCAAACCGUGUUGUUGGUGAUCCAUUCCUGGGUGGAAUUGAGCAAGGUCCUCAGGUCGAUGGCGAACAAUUCAAAAAGAUUUUGAGAUAUAUAAAAUAUGGGAUUGAAGGUGGAGCCACUCUUGAAGCUGGAGGAGAGAGGUUUGGUUCCAAGGGUUACUAUAUCCAACCAACAGUUUUCUCAGACGUUAAGGAUGACAUGAAAAUUGCACAGGAGGAGAUUUUUGGUCCUGUACAGACAAUCUUGAAAUUCAAAGAGCUUGAGGAGGUGAUAAGGAGAGCAAAUGCUAGUCGCUAUGGGCUGGCCGCUGGGAUCUUUACUCACAAUAUCGACACAGCCAACAGGCUUACACGUGCGCUGAGAGUUGGGUCUGUGUGGAUCAAUUGCUUUGACAUAUUUGAUGCCGCAAUUCCUUUUGGUGGGUACAAGAUGAGCGGACAUGGACGAGAAAAGGGCAUCUACAGCCUCAGCAAUUACCUGCAAGUGAAGGCUGUUGUCACUCCUUUGAACAACCCUGCUUGGCUUUAGGAUGGAUCAUCCCAAUGCUUUUCUUUUUCUUUUUUUGUUCCCAUCACCACCAAUAAAAUGGAUAUACAUGUGAAGGCAUGAUGUGAUGGCAGUUUAAUAUAAUGAAUUAUCAUUUCAGAAA